CUCGAUAAUCCGCCUCGAAUUGAUUGUGGUCUCAAACCCUUUACUCUCACUCAACUUCUUGAUGACCACACUUGGCCAUGCACGGACACGGUUCACUUGGACCGCACCAAAACCCAAGGUAGAGCCAAAGUGAGGUCCAUUCUUCUUCCACAUGACGCCACGUGUCGAUGAUGCCUCUGCCUCGUUUCCUCUAUAAAUUUACCGCUUGGCCGCUGCUGGAGAGAGUCACUCGAGAUACACAGCCCUUCCCAAUUAGCCCAAGAUUCCUCUGCUGCCCCUUCUCCUUUCUUCUUCUUCUUCUUAUUGAGUUUCAAUUUCUUUCGGUGAGAAAGAGGGAGAGGGGAAAGAUGUUUAUCGAGAAGUUUCAGGUGGAAAGUCCUAAUGUGAAGUACACAGAGACUGAGAUACAGUCCGUGUACAACUAUGAGACCACUGAACUCGUUCACGAGAACAGGAAUGGUUCCUACCAGUGGGUCGUCAAGCCCAAGUCUGUCCAAUACGAGUUCAAGACCGAUACUCGUGUCCCCAAACUUGGGGUUAUGCUGGUUGGGUGGGGAGGAAAUAAUGGAUCCACUCUCACUGGUGGAAUCAUUGCCAACAGAGAAGGGAUUUCAUGGGCAACCAAGGAUAAGGUUCAGCAGGCUAACUACUUUGGCUCUCUCACCCAAGCAUCAGCAAUCCGAGUUGGGUCCUACAAUGGAGAAGAAAUCUAUGCCCCAUUCAAGAGCCUCCUCCCCAUGGUGAACCCAGAUGAGAUAGUGUUUGGAGGAUGGGAUAUAAGCGACAUGAAUUUGGCUGAUGCCAUGGCAAGGGCCAGGGUUUUGGACAUUGAUCUGCAGAAACAGCUGAGGCCCUACAUGGAAUCCAUGGUCCCACUACCUGGUAUCUACGACCCUGACUUCAUUGCUGCUAACCAAGACUCCCGUGCCAACAAUGUUAUCAAGGGCACCAAGAAGGAACAGGUCCAGCAGGUUAUCAAGGACAUUAGGGAGUUCAAGGAGAAGACUAAGGUGGACAGGGUUGUUGUACUGUGGACAGCCAACACCGAGAGGUACAGCAACAUUGUUGUGGGACUGAAUGACACCACAGAGAACCUCCUGGCUGCUAUUGACAGAAAUGAGUCUGAGAUCUCUCCAUCUACCCUCUAUGCAUUGGCUUGCAUUAUGGAAGAGAUCCCUUUCAUCAAUGGAAGUCCACAGAACACUUUUGUUCCAGGACUGAUUGACUUGGCUAUUCAGAGGAACAGUUUGAUUGGUGGUGAUGACUUCAAGAGUGGUCAGACUAAGAUGAAAUCAGUGCUUGUUGAUUUCCUUGUUGGUGCUGGUAUCAAGCCAACAUCAAUUGUGAGCUACAAUCACCUUGGGAACAAUGACGGGAUGAAUCUCUCAGCACCACAGACCUUUAGAUCCAAGGAGAUCUCCAAGAGCAACGUUGUUGAUGACAUGGUUUCCAGCAAUGCCAUCCUUUACGAGCCUGGUGAACACCCUGACCAUGUUGUGGUCAUCAAGUAUGUGCCUUAUGUAGCAGACAGCAAGAGAGCUAUGGAUGAGUACACAUCAGAGAUCUUCUUGGGUGGGACCAACACCAUUGUGAUGCACAACACAUGUGAGGAUUCCCUCUUGGCUGCACCAAUCAUCCUGGACUUGGUCCUUCUUGCUGAGCUCAGCACCAGGAUUCAGCUUAAAGCUGAGGGAGAGGGCAAGUUCCACUCUUUCCACCCUGUGGCAACCAUUCUCAGUUACCUUACCAAGGCUCCUCUGGUGAGUUCCACCAGGCACACCAGUGGUGAAUGCACUGUCAAAGCAGAGGGCCAUGCUGGAGAACAUCCUGAGAGCUUGUGUUGGUUUGGCUCCUGAGAACAACAUGAUUUUGGAGUACAAGUGAAGGGAGGAAAAACAAGAGUUUGCUGUUUGCCUUACCUACUUACCCACCUAGUAGUUGUGGUAAUUGUGGCUGUGGAAGAUGAUUUGCUACUUCAAGCAGGCUCUUUUUAAAAACUAGAAGGAAGAAGAAGAAGACCCAUUUUCCAAGUUUCUCUUUUCUCUGUUCAUGUUUUAAUGUCUUGUGUGUGGAAAUGGCCUCUUCUGUAAUGAUCUAAUGAUCUCCCUUUCUUUUUCUGCCUUUUUUGUUUCCUCUCAAAAGGGUGAUCAUGGUUUCAUCAUGAGGCUCUUAGUGUGAUUGUUGGCUCUCUUUUCUUCUGUCCAUGAUGCACCUUGUGUUGGAAAUAGAAUGGAUAAAUUAUAUAUAAGUUAGU